AUGAAUAAAUAUCGAAUAUGCUGUCAGGGGAUCUACGGCGAUUGCUCCGAACGAACUUAUUGCUUUAGAUCUAAGUAUCGUGAAAUGCAAUUCCAAACGCGUAAAUCACUUGUUGCUGAUUUUUUGGGUGAAUUGGAUUCUAUCCUUACGCAGUUUGACAAGGAAAUAGAUGCGGCGUCUGUUCAUCAGGGAAAGCAAAUUAUUGACAAACUAACGGGUGCACUGUAUCUGGGUGAGUUGGUGCGUCGGAUUUUAUCGCAGUUGGUUUUGGAUAGAGUGCUGUUCGAUGGUCAACCCUGUGAAAAACUUGAUGAACCGGAUGCGUUCCCUACCAAAUACAUCAGCGAGAUACUGGCCGAGGAGGAGGAUAGUUACAAAAGUUGCCGCCGUAUCUGCGAUGAGUUGGAUGUGCCAAUGCAUGGAUCCGGUGAUUACCACAUUAUUCGUGAUGUUUGUUACGCAGUCUCCGAUCGUAGCGCUGCCAUUGUUGCCGCUGCCAUAAGUGCCCUACUUCGUCAUCUGGAUGUGUCACGAGUUAAAAUCGGUGUUGGAGGAGCUUUGAUCCAAUUUCACCCGAUCUAUCACAAAUUGCUCCAUGAUAAACUUGUUGAUCUCGCUCCUUUGGGAACAGAGCGGCGCGCCAUCACCGUAUGGGUGGAACACGCGUCCGCCGCUGGUACGGCAAUGGCGCGCCGCUCGUACGGAUUCCUUAACAAUCGCCCGCCGUUGGUACGGUGAGG